AACUGUUGCGGGCAACACGUGCAAAACUAGGCUUUUGUUUUCAUUCGUUGAUGUGUAUAUUAAAUAAACAUAAUGAGUACGAAUAAUUCGAAAAUCAAGUAUAUUGUGGCAGAUACAACUGCGUUCAUCAAUGCUGUACCUCUUAACGAAUACGCCGAAAAUGUUCUCACCGUUCCCGAUGUGGUUGCUGAGGUGCGUAAUAAGCGACAGAUUCGCCGCCUCUGCGUGCUUCCCUUUGAUCUCCAGGUGCGUGAGCCUCGUGCCGAGAGCAUCAAACAUUGCGUGGAGUUUGCCAAGAAGACGGGCGACUAUGCAAGCUUGUCAGGCAUUGAUUUGAAAGUAAUUGCCCUCACAUACGAAUUGGAAACGGAUCUACUAGGCACUGAACAUCUACGCAAGGAGCCCGUGGUGUCACAGGUGAUUGCCUCAAAGGACAAGCCCGAGGAGAUGCAAGAUGCGAACAACAAACGCUUGGUUGGCUGGUAUAUGCCUGAGGGCAACGAGGAUGACGAUGACGAGGAAGAGGAUGAAGACGAUGAAGACGAGGAGGAGGAGGAGGUAGAGUCUGAGUCACAGACAGAUGCCGUUAAGGAAGCUAUUGAGUCGCAGUUGAAGGGCGAACUGGUGGCCAACAAACCAACAACAGUAGCUGCGGCCACUGAAGAGGAGGAUGAGGAGGAAGAGGAUCUCACACAAGAGGAGCUCGACAAGCUCUUUGAGAAACUGAAAUGUGCUCCAUCGGCAGAUGAGGAGCUGGCCACAGCUGACAUCUUAGUGGCACAGCCCACAAACGAAGACGAUGACGAUGAUAAUGAUGAUGCUGCCUUAGAGGAUGACGAACAGAACAAUAGCAAUUUAAAGCCCCAAGAAGAUGAAGAAGUGGGCGACGAUGGCUGGAUCACACACUCGAACAUCAAGAAGGCCAAAAAGGCGCUCGAGGGAAAGGUGGAAACAGACAUCAUUCCGCCGGUGGCUUGCAUGACCACCGAUUAUGCGCUGCAGAAUGUGCUCAAGCAACUGAAUCUGCAGCUGGCCGCGCUCAAUGGCCGCAUCAUCAAACAGUUGCGCACAUAUAUUUUGCGCUGCUAUGCUUGCUUCAAGACCACCAGCAUUAUGACAAAAGUCUUCUGUCCUAACUGUGGCAACAAGACGCUAAAGCGUGUCGCCGUCAGUCUGGAUGAGAAUGGCAAACAAGUGAUACACAUUAAUACACGACGUCCGCUGACAAACAAAUACAAGAAUCAGAGUUUGCCACGCUUCCAGGGUGGCAAGCAUUCGCGCAAUCCCAUUCUGUCCGAGGAUCAGCCAAUGCCACGACAGAUGCCAUCGCGUGUGGCCAAAACGAAGACAAAUGCCCUCGAUGAUGAUUACAUUGCCGGCUUCUCGCCGUUUGUGAUGCGAGACGUGGACUCCAAAUCGGCGAUGCUGCGCUCCAAGGGCAAUCUCAAGGAGUGGGCACGCAACAAUAACUUCGAGGAGGAUCGCAGGCGCAAGAACUACAAUCGUUUGUAUAAAUAAGUCAAGUAAAUCUAUUAUAAAUUCCUUCUUUUUUUGUAAUAUAACGUUAUACACUUGAAUGUGUACAAUAUAAUCAAACAGUUUAAAAACA